CUUGUUAUAUAAGGUGCUGUAAACCCAUAAGUCUAGUUCAUCUCUCUCUAGAUCUUUUACUUUCUCUCUCUUGGAUAUUUUCGUAAAUAAGUUUAAGAUUAAUGCCGCAUUCUGAAACGGAAUCGAGUACGAACUCGUCAUGUUCGAAUACUCCGGCGUCGCCUUCGUCUUCAUGUGGUCGGGCGAAUGAUAAUAACAAUAUGAAGCGGUGCGGAUCGUCUGAUCCAGACCCGGAAAUUGAGAGACCCGGGAAGAAGAGAAACAAGACGACGACGACUACUACUACUGAUAGCGGUACUAACAGCAGCAAGCAUCCGGUUUACAGAGGGGUCCGCAUGCGGGCAUGGGGCAAGUGGGUCUCGGAGAUCCGAGAACCGAGGAAAAAGUCUAGGAUUUGGCUCGGAACUUUCUUGAACCCGGAAAUGGCUGCCCGGGCCCAUGAUGUAGCCGCUUUGUCUAUCAAAGGAAGCUCGGCUAUCCUCAAUUUCCCCGAACUUGCCGAUUUGCUUCCACGACCCGCCACGUCAUCCCCACGUGAUGUUCAGGCGGCGGCGGCUAAGGCGGCGGGUAUGGAACAUUUAGUGCCGGCGUCGUUGACGACGGCCGGAGUGGAGUCGUCGGAGGAAUCGUGUUCUGUUUCGCCGUCGUCGGAGGAGGCGUCGGAGGAGGAAUUGGGGGAGAUUGUUGAGUUGCCGAGUUUGGGGGAAACGAGUGGAGUUGGUGAGUUUGUGUUUGAGGAUUCGCCGGAGUACGGUGGCGGUUGGGGUUUUCAUUCUUCUCCGAUGUGGUGGGAUGAACAUUGUAUGAAUUUCUCCGAUCAGAUUUCGUCGGCGUUAUUGCCGGAGAUGUCUGAUUUCAACGGUCUUCUGUGGCAACAUCAAUGCUGAUAUUAAUUAACACGAAAAAAAUUAUUAAUUAAUUAAUUAAUGGUGUGCCUUCUCUCUCACUCUUGCUGUCUCUCUUGUUUAAUAAUCUCUCUUGUUGUUUUUUUUUUUUUUUUUUUUUGGAUCAUGGGCAAAAAAAUUUAUCAAUUUGCUUGAAUCUGAUCACUUUUUUUUGUGUAUGUUUGAGUGUGAUGGAAAUGUUUUUGUUUGAUUUA